AUGUUGCUCGAGGUAGAUGGUCGGGUCAUCGAUUUGACAUUACACCUUUAUCGCAGAUCGAAGGCCAGGCGGUAUUCAGUUCAUGGACGGAUAGAGGUUGAUUUAAUAAUUGGUGGUGAAGACGGAGACGAUUGGCGCGAUCAAUUUGCAGAACAACAUCAGAAGUCAGCAACUUCAGCCUUUUCUAGGCAUCUUUGA